AUGGAGAAGCAACCCCUUGUGGAGGUGCCUAUGCCUUCAGCCGACAUGCAUCAGAAACGCGCUCAAAGGCCCUCAAGGUUUACAAAAGCAGCGGCAUUGCUCGGUCUGAUCUGCCUGCUUUUCGUUGCUACUGAUUCUCAUCAUUCAGUACCUCGAAUCUGUCCUCAUGCACUAACAAGCAAGUAUUCAUACGGCAAAUUUCCUCAGAAGGACGACGCGUUUCACUUCAUCCCAUGUACACAGGGCAGCUUACUCCCGGCUCUCGAUGAUAAACACCACCAGAAGACCUGGGCAAAGCUAUACGACCCUAAUCCUGAGAACUGGAGCUGGGGAAAUGUUACGGAGUCCAAAUCGUCAGUCAAUCUUAAAGACCCUUUUAGUGGUCGAGGCAUCUACCUGUGUGGUUAUCUAGAUGUUCCCAUGGACUAUGGCAACAAAUCUGAUGACCGCAUUGUUCGUCUUGCCGUGACGAAAUACCAAGUAUCUGGUCUGAAGCAUCGCAAGAGCAAAUCUAACAGCCGUGCCGGGAAGAAGAGUGCACGAACUUUGGUCGUCGAGCCAGGUGGCCCUGGUGGCAGUGGAACAUCAAUGGCAUGGCACAAUGCUGAGGCUCUAUCAAAGCGCUUUACCGACGGUGCAUUCGACGUACUCGGUUGGGAUCCUCGCGGCGUCAACGCGUCACUCCCCAGCAUCAAGUGCUUCCCUCAUAAUGCUAACCGAGACCGAUGGCUGCUCCUAACCAACCAAUACAUUGAGCAGUCACAAGGUAGCAGUCCACGCCCGCAACUUGAGGUUCUCGAUGCUAUGAAUGAUGCAAUCUUUAACGCAUGCAAAGAAGUCCACGAUGAUUUCCCUCGCUUCGUUUCCACCGCCCUCGUUUCUCGAGACCUGGAGGAAAUCCGCAUUGCGCUUGGAGAAGACGAGCUGACUGGUUAUCUGGUCAGCUACGGAACUGGCAUCGGCCAGACCUACGCAAACAUGUUUCCAGACUCUGUUGGUCGUAUGAUUCUUGACGGAACCGAAUAUGUUCGUGACCACCGUCUCUUGGGCGGCUUUGGAUGGACAGCUCUGGACAAUGCGACGGCGGCUUGGCACGACGGCUUGUUAGGCGAGUGCCUAAACGCCGGACCAGAGCAUUGUGCACUCGCCAACCCUCUUGAAAACGAAGGACCAGUUCAAUUGGAGGACCUAGACAAGCGUAUGCAAACCUUGCUUCAUUCGCUCAUUAGGCGCCCAGCCACCGCUUAUACGGACAAGUACGGUCCAUCACUAAUCACGUACUCUGCCCUGACACAAGCUGUUUAUGGUUCUCUAUAUACACCACAGCGAUGGCCCGAAGUAGCACUGAUGCUGGCCGAGUUGGAGAAGGGUAAUACUACCCGUGCUGCGCAUCUUGUCGACAAGACAUGGUCUUUUGAUCCGACAGUCCCACCAGCGCCUAUUCCAGCAGGCUUGUCGGAGGAGUUGGGAUCUUUGGUUAUCUGUGCCGACAGCUACGAUGCUCCUCUUCCUGAUACUGGCUUGGACUGGUGGGAAUCACUAUGGACUAAUAUGACUGAAACCACAUGGGUUUCGGGCAACAGCCGUUUCUUCAACGUCUUCCCCUGCCGCCACUUCACGAAAUACUGGCCGGAGCCAGCCGAAGUGUACCGGGGCAACCUGAACAACACGCUGAAACACCCCGUGCUGUUGAUUGGAGAGACAUAUGACCCUGCGACACCAUUGCGAAACGGCCGCCGUCUGCUAGCGGAGAUGGGCAGCAACGCUCGCUUAAUUGCCCACCAUGGCUACGGACACUCCUCGCGCGACACAUCUGCAUGCACCGAAAAGAUUGCCCGUGACUUUAUUAUGAACGGCGUUCUACCCGAUGAACCAGAGACGGCUUGCUUCGCCGAUGAAAAGCCGUACAUGUAUGGCGAGAAAGCCGGGCAGCAUCAAGAAUGGGAGCACAUCUCACUGUAUAGCAUUUGA